GAAAAGGAAAAAUGUCCAAUUAAUUUGGUCCGCAGAAGAACGUGUUGGGACCAGUCCCACUGGGGCGGAGAUUGCAGAAACAGGAUAAAGCCCCCGGCUUCGCUGACUCAUCAAAAUGGAAUUGGAUAAACCCUUCCGUUCUGUCUUUCCAAUUUCCAUAUCAUUGCCAGCCAUGAAAUCCAGGCUGAAGGCCCCAUAUUAUUCACUAUUUCCCCCACUGUUAAAACCUUCUUCUCACGUGUCACCACUGUCAAAACCCGUCCCAGCCUCUUCUAUAAAUACCCCAUUUCCUCGGAGACCAACCAUAUCGCCAAAAUCUAUAACCGUUGCUAAAAGAGAUUCUAUCGCUUGCAAAAUCCACAACUAUGUUAUCCUCCUCCAGUAUCCGACCCUUUUCUCAAUUUCCCCAUAGAUUCGCCGGCGAAUCUUCCUUGCCGCCGACUUCCACCGUCACUUUCCGGCAAUCCAGACCAUCGGCGGUUGUUUGCUCUUCCGCUGCUACCACGAUCUCGAAGCCGGCCUCUGCUCCGUCGUCGUUUUACGAGGUUUUGGGGAUCCCGAUGGGGGCAACGAAUAAUGAAAUCAAAUCGGCGUAUCGGAAACUAGUCAGGGUUUGCCAUCCUGACGUGGCAGCCAUUGAUGACAAAAGCUCGUCGGCGGACGAGUUCAUGAAGGUUCACACUGCAUAUUGCACCUUAUCUGAUCCGGAAAAAAGAGCAGAUUAUGACCGUCGGAUCUUCCGGAAUAACAGGGGAUCGCGGUUGUAUUCCAUGUCGUCGCCGACAAUGCCCAGGUAUUCCGGCUAUGUCAGCCGGAAUUGGGAGACUGACCAGUGCUGGUAGAGAGAAUUUAGAGAAUAGGAGUGAUUAAUUUUACUACUUUUUUCCAAAAAUCAACCUAAAAGCAAAGUAACACAGUGUGAAUAUACUAGUAAUACGACGACUGAUUAUAGUUUGAAAGCCAACAUAGAUUGAGAUUUAGUGUUUAGGAGUGUAAUUUUCUGCUCUGUUUUUCAUUUUCCCGGCAUGCACUGUGCAGAAUGUGAAAAGUGAAAAGCAAAAUGUAAAAAUCUACUGUAUUUACUGUUCAUUAUUAGUCUUGUUGAAGAAAAGGAAGACAUCUGGUAUCAAAAAGUUUGAGCGUAUGGACUUAAAAAUCUUUCAUUGGCUUGUUGCGGCUAUGGAGGUGAUGAUUUUCUUGUUGUUAUCCUGUAUUUCAUCAAUGUUAAAAGAAUCAAGAUUCAUCAAAUCGAAUAGUAACAUCGGAUGAAAAUUAAAUCAAUAAUUUUCUUUUUACAAAAAUG